UAAUUCUUAUGAGUGAAUACUUUCUGCAGUUUUAAAAAUUACAAAAAAGGAUCUAACUCAGAGAAAAGGCUUCAGAUGAAGCUUGGUAAGUACUCUAAGGAGAAGAAAGACAAAAUUUAUUGAAUGGAAUUAAUUUUUAUAAUUAUAGAUUCUUUGCUCUUAGAACAUUUCCUAUUGCCAUCAUCGGCAUUUUAUUGAUGACACCUGUAUUGCAAACUAAGAGCAGAUUCUUCGUUAAGGAGUUGUCUUUGAUUUUUGGAUUCAGUGGUGGCAUUAUCUACGGAGAUUAUUAAAAUAGUGAAUAUUUUUGGAAUAAUUAUGGUAAAAUUAUAAUGGAAAAUACAAAUUACAAUGAUUCUGGAUUGACUUAAGAUUAAAUGGAGAAAAUGAGAAAACUCUAUGAAAAAAGCAAGAACUACAGACCUGAAAAUAAAACUGAUAAAAUGUAUGAAUGA